AUGGUGAAAAUCUUCGUUGGUAACCUGAAUCCUAGUUCCAAGUCUGCGGAUCUAAGAAAGCGGUUCGAACUCUACGGAAAAGUUACUGAGUGUGACAUUGUUAAUAAUUAUGCCUUCGUGCACAUGGAGAAUGAAGCUGAUGCCGAAGCCGCCAUUGCCAAGCUUCACAACUCUGAAUUCGACGGUGUCAAAAUUAACGUUGAGAUGAGUCAUGGCAAGAGAGGCGGUGGUGGAGGCCCUAUGAGACGUCGUUUUAAUGACAGGGGUCCACGGAGGGAUUACCGCGAUGAUCGGUAUGGAGGUCCUCCUCGAGCUCCAUACAGCCGGGAGAGCCCUCGUGGUAUGGGCGGGCCUAGUGGCUAUCCUCCAAUGCGCGAUGGCAGAUAUGAUGGUCCUCCUGCGUGGGGAGGGGUAGGUUCGUUUUCCACGUUGAACUUUGUAGGCUAUGAUAGUUACAACAGUGGCUCUCAAGGACGUUAUCCAAGUCGUGAAUAUGACAGAAACACUCGUGCGGCGUCCAGAGACGCUCCCUACGGCGGUAGUUACCAAGGCUCGGCUCCUGAACCUGUACCCCCUCCAAGAGAUAUGCAACGAAAGCAGUCACCACCGCGCAGUCGGUUUGACAGCUAUAACACUGGCUACGGUGAUUAUGGCAGGUUCCGUGAUCAUGCACAGCCCACCAACGGUCCUCCUCCAAGAUCCGGUGACUAUUAUGAUAAUUAUGGUAGUUAUGGUGGAAGUGGCAGCUAUGAUUAUGGCUCGCGCGAUUACCAUGAGAGUGACCGUGGUGGGAACUAUGGUUCCUCUUAUGACUACGGAUACUACGGAAACCGUGGGAAUCGUUCCCCCCCAAGAGGUGCGCCCAAUUACGGUUAUGGGAGGCCUUAA